AUGAGCUACGCAGUGGUUGUUUACCAGCACAAGAUUAGUCACAGAUGUAUGUUCAAAAUAUGUAUAAAUAGAACGGCUCCACCGGCCGGAGACCACAUUGUUAAUAUACAAGUACGAGUAUACAACAUGAACAUUUUAGCGUGUGUAGGACUGCUGAUAUGUGUCUGCACAGCAUACGCGUCAGGACUACCUAGUCCAGCACAUGAAUCAAGCUCUUCACUUAAAGUCGCACCGGAGACACCUGGCGAAGAUUUAGUUCCAGAAGAGUCUCGAGGCGGCUGGGGUGGGGGUGGAGGCGGCUGGGGUGGGGGUGGACGUGGCGGGGGAGGUGGUCGUGGAUGGGGAGGUGGUGGCGGAGGAGGUGGUGGUCGUGGAGGGGGUGGCGGCUGGGGCGGUGGUCGCGGCUAAAGUUGGGGACGUCAAAGACUACUUAAAAUUGUCCAAUAUUCUAUUAUAUUCUGUGACUUUAAUAUCAAAUAAAUUUUUACUAUAAUAUA